UGGCAAUUCGUUUGUAGCAAGUGAUUUGCGUUUAGUGUCAUAGUAUUUUCCGAAAAGUAAUGAUGGGGAAGGAAGAGACAAAAAUCACCGAAGCAAGUGUUAAAUUUCAGUACCUUGCCGCAUUAGUAGUGAAUAUGUUAACAGUCGGAUAUGGGGUCACAAGCGGUUGGAGUAGUCCUAGUAUUUUGCUUCUAAAAUCGGAUGAAUCUCCGUUGCCAACUGGAAAGAUUACAACGGAAGAGUCGUCGUGGAUUGCUUCACUUAUUUCAAUUGGUGCAUUGAUCGGAAAUAUAGUAUGCGGAUAUGCUUCAAACAAAUUUGGUCGAAAACUUCCAUUGCUUUUUCUCACGAUUCCAACUAUUAUUGGCUGGACACUCGUUUUAUUCGCGAAAAACGUCUUUUACCUUUACGCGUCUCGAGCAUUGAAUGGAUUUGUCGGCGGCGGAGUUUUUGUGAUAAUUCCAACAUUCUUGUCGGAAAUCGCAGUUGAUCGUGUACGUGGAUCACUCGGCUCUACUCUGGCGUUAGCGUGGAACGUGGGCAUACUGCUGGCAUUUACAUUUGGAAACUAUCUUGAUUUUAACGCUACUCCAAAGUUUGUAAUUGCGUUGAUGAUUUUGACCGCUGUUUUGCUCUGUUUCUUCCCCGAAUCACCGACAUUUCUUUACAAACAAAAUAAAAUACUUGAAGCCGAAAAAUCGAUUCGUUUUUAUCAAAAUUUAACGGGAAAAGCGAACGACUAUGAAUUGCUUCAAAUUGAACUGAAUAAAUUGAAAACCAUGAUCGGAAAUGUUGAGAAAAAUGAAAGCAACAGUAAAUUGAGUUGGUCUGAUUUGUUAAAUGGGCCUGGUAAAAAAGCUAUGAUGAUCGGAAUCGUUUUGUCACUAUUGAAUCAGUUUUGUGGUUGUUUUGCGAUGUUAAACUAUACGGCAAAUAUUUUCAAAGAAGCUGGUUCGAGCGUGUCUCCGAAUAAAUCGGCGAUUGUGGUGGGUGUAAUAAAACUCAUUGGCUCAUACAUAUCAACGAAUCUAGUUGAUCGAGCUGGCAGAAAGUUUUUGUUUAUAGUGUCAUCAAUUGGGAUUGCUUUGGGUUUAAGCACGCUUGGAGUGUAUAUGCUGUUAAAAACACGAGGCUAUCCCAUUGAAGCAUACAAUUGGAUUCCUCUCGUUAGUUUUUCAUUUGUGAUUUUCAUUGCAAAUUGGGCGGUUCUUACGCUCACCUUCUUGGUUAUCUCCGAAAUUAUGCCGGAAAAUUUGAAAAGUUUCGGCUCAUCAUUUUGCAUGGUUCUCUUGUGGACGUCUUCGUUCUUCGUUAUCAAAUUCUUGCCUCUUAUGACGGAAACACUUGAAAUACACGGCACAAUGUUUCUAUUUAGUGGACUUUGUUUAUGCGGAACUACUUUCAUUGUUUUUUAUAUGCCAGAGACCAAAGGAAGGAGCUACGUUGAAAUCAUGAAAUUACUCGAAUAAAAGUGAGAGAUUUGAUUAUAUACAUCACUUAAAAAUGAAAAUAAAAUAAAAAACAAGAAAAAAUGAAACGAA